AUGGAGCGCACGUUUGAGAAAUCUCUCUGCCUUGGAACAGGAAUUCCAUUUGCGGCGCUGAUAUUUAUGAUUUCAAUUCCCAAUGCAAUGAUCUUAGUAACUCUAUACAGAAAUCCUCUUCGCUGCUUCAGAAAAACUUUCACGGUGUUUCUAGCGUUCAUAACCGCGACAGAUCUCUUUGUGGGGAGUGUAGUUUGCACUGGAGAAGCCAUAACGCGAUUUUUGUGUUCUUUCCGUGGAAAACAGUUUUCUGGCGAAGGUGACAUUCCCACAAUUUUAGGAUACAUUGGAAUCAACAGUUCAAUCCUUAUGGUCACUGCUAUGUCCGUGGAUCGACUUGUGUCGGUCGUUUGCCCACACUUUUAUCUAAACACGGUUAAACCAAAGACACUUGUCUUAUGCAACUCAAUCAUCGUUAUUUUUUCUGCGAUAUUUGCCUGCCUCCAACUUGCUGGGAUUCCAAUUGAUGUGUAUAUUUCCAUAGAUAUACAUCUGCACACGACAUUUCCUCUUAUCACGACAAGUUUGUCUUAUUUAGGAAUAUUCUUUGUCUUGCGGAAACGCGCUCGAGUCGAUUUUCAAAGACGGGAGGCCAAUUCGACAAAUGCUCAUCUUGGUGACAUGCGAGCGAUAACGCGCGUUAAAAGAGAACGGAAAUUUGUCACGACUUCCUUCUUAAUUCUGCUUUUCCUAAUUAUCUCCAUAAUUCCAUACUUUGCAUCAAUUCUUGUUGAGGCGAACUGUUCUGGUUGUCGCGGUAAGAAAUGGCUUAUUGUGCUGAGAGAAUCUUCAGUGGUAUUCUUAUUUCUAAAUUCAACUGUGAACCCGUUAUUGACAACAUUUCGAAUCAACGAGUUGAAACAUUCCUUAAGAAUCGUCAUCCGCGUGCAAAGAAAAGAAGAUGUAAGCAGUUUUGGAAGUUCUGUCCAACAGAAAACAAUGAGGAAUACAGCCUCCGUUUAA